AUGAGUUUUGGAUGGUCUGCCGGCGACAUCUUCACGCUUGUAGCUACCUGCUACAAGAUUGUCGAAAACUGCCGUGAAGGACUAACCAGCGCAUCCAUACAAAUCAAGGGACUACGAAAUGAUCUGGAAGAAUUCUAUACGGUGCUCGUGCAUCUGCAUGAGGUUGUCAAGGAUGGGAAGAAUAUUGCUUUCUUUGAUUUGAAGGAUAUGAAGGCGACGAUGAAGAGUUGUGAUGCUUAUUUGGAUAAGUAUAAGCAUUUGCAGUUGUCGAAAGGCGUUGGUUCGAAUAAUUCGGGCCCGAAUGUUGCCACCAGCAGUACGAAUAGCAGCGAAGGUCUUAAACGUCGAUCGUCGUUUUCAAAGUCGAAAGAGUUGCUUGAUAAGUCGAAAGAAACAGGGUUGAAGCUUUCACAAGCGGUGAUAUGGACGACGUUAGGUGGUGAAUCGGAGAUACAGGAGUUGCAGCGCAAACUUGCACGACAUCGGCAGACGUUGGUGCUUUAUCUUCAAAUUCUAGAGCGUAACCGACGCAUAAAAGAAGAUUCCAAUGUCAACAAACGCUUAUCGAAUGUCGAGGCAAUGGUCAAAGACCUCCACUCUAACCGACGUCUCUCAAACACAGGAUCGCCAGAUACACUUCCGAGAUCACCGCGCAUGCACUACCAACGCCAAAAUGACACCGACUAUGAAGACUACGAAGCCAUCUUUCGAGCCCUCAACGAGCAGAAACGAUUAGCUCUAAUGGAGACAGAGCGAGCGGAUAACGACGACACACUACAAGAAUGGAAUGAUAUCCUCGACCAUCUCGAAAUUAUAAGUAGAAGGGUUCUGAAUGCAGCAGAAAGAACAGCUAGUUCGACAGCGCAACGGCGCACAGGAUCAGCUUCGUAUCAAAUAAAACUCAACCGCAUGCUUACGCCUCAUCAUACCAUUGGGACCCCGCCAUCGUUACGACCGAUACAAAGAACUGAUACGCACGACAGCGGAUUUGCGGAAAUGCUACCUCAAGCACUAGCUCCGCUGCCCGAGGAGAGCUCAGGACUUAGUGAAGCAUUCGCUCAAAGCGCUCAUGUUGUAAAACCUGUUCAGCCGCAGUCAUCUUUCUUGCCUGACGGGAUGGUGGAGCAUUAUAAACCAAUGACGCCAAAUACACUUUUGAAGCAGCGAACUCUAUCUGUCAGCUCAUUAUCAAGGCCAGUUUUGAGCCCUUCUUCGUCUGCGGAAUCGGUUGGAGCGUCUACUGCGCCGUUUUCGCGCUCACCUCGUCAGUCCCGCACUUUUAGUAUGUCCUCGUCGGAAGUGUCGUUCUCUGCCGGAGUAUCGCAUUGGCAGACUAUCCAGUUUGAUGGUUGGGUGAAAUGUACUACUACUACCUCCGGCAGACCGAUAUCCUGCACUGUGAAUGGUGGUUAUGACUCAAAUGGCAAACUUUACGCUCUUCAGAUCCGAAAGCAGGAUUCAAGCAGUUCUUCAUUUAUCAUAAAACUUUCUACACACAAAAAGAGACCACUCCCUCAAGUGGAACCAUUCGGUGAACGCGAUAUCCCCGAAGAAGGGUAUCAAGCAUACUUUAUAAGCCCGCUGGAUACCGAACCAAAGGGUGUAGAAGUACAAUUCUUCUUCCAGAAUGAGAAAUCUCUAAAUGAUUUCGAGUCCUUGGUUUAUGGCCAAGAACUACUUUUGACAGUCAAUAUCAAGAAAAUCUCCUCAUCUGGGAAGAAUCUCAGUGAAGGUCAAAGACUGCGUGUUUGGAAGAAGAAUGACACAAAAUCACUACUUUUCUAUACAACGAAAUGUGAAAAGUCGAAGGGAAGGUAUCAUUCUAUUCCUGCACGAGAAGUUCUCCAGUCCAAGGUUGUAGGCAAGAGUUCGUUGGACCUUAAGCUCCAAAAUAAUAGUCACCAUUUGCAGGAUCUCAAAAUUGAGUUCUUGAAUAAGACUGGUUGGUCUGCAUAUAACCCUUACUUCUCAUCAUUCUAA